CCAGGGUGCAACAGGUCAGCACCUUAUGAGUAAACAUCAGUUGGCUUUUCAUAGCCAAGCAUUCAGACUUAGAGACAGCAGGUGCGGGCAUCUUUCACUACAUUUUACGCUUUCAACGGACAAUCAUAGUUCGCAUAACGGUUAAAGCAAUCAUUUCACAAGUAAGAUAACUCUGACAGCAGAGAUAACAUCAUUUAAAUGCACUCAAGCAUAGUGGUCACGCGGGGCCCCAACUCCGGGUGCUCUUGCGCAGUGUCCUGUAGAAUAACAGCUAGGCUAUAGGCUACACGGCUGUGCACGUUAAGAUAGCCUACCAGCCUGACAUUUUCAUUCUGCGCAGUUCAUUUAUAGAAACCUAGUCACAACGCCUGCUGAAUUUGGAGGUUGUGAUUUCUUGGGUGCAUUUAUUACGGUCUCACUCUGACUCUAUUCUCAAUCAGAUAUUAUUAGGGCGCUGUGUGAGUGAUGUGGGUUCCUCUCUAGGAAAACAGUUGCACCGGUCAGGCAGCAGGUAAGCAGGAUCGAGACGCAGGCAGCUGUCCCGUUAACUGAGCAGUCUGCAUCACGCGUACAGAUGCUCUUCUAGUAGCCUAUUUAUGUAAAUGAGCUAAACACACAUCUCAAGGAUAUGUUUACUGGAAAUAAGGCACUAGGUUACUGUCUUUUCACGUUUUAUGCCACUAAACUCGCGUACCGGGACCGGCGCCAGGUUUAUUACCUUUGACAGCUCGCGCAAGCGUCACUGACUGCUGUCAUUCUCCACGGUAUGUACUUGUCUCUCUACGGUAUCUAUUUGUCAUUCCCCGAGGCGUAGUAUAUAUUUCAGACGCGUCGAAGAAAACCGUAUACCGUGAAGUCCUGUCUUUUUGAGGAUUGAAAGAAAGCGUAGAUGAUUCUGUCCGUAUCCUGGACCGAUUCAAUUGGAUAAGUCUAUUUUACCAUGCCCUGCCUUGCGCCAGUUUGAGACCGAUUCCUUGUACACCUUUCAGAUAAAAGGUUGAUGGAUCAAAUGCAGCAUAAACAAAGCAGCACAGAUCCAGCCAGACCGUCUGGACAACCUGGGAGGAAUACUUUUCCAGCACCUGCUCUACCCCGGCGACCAACAGCUCAGGACACCUCUAUCCCCAGUCCCACAGGGGGGUCUGGGAAACUCCCAGGACUGGCCUCAGGUGUACGUCAGAUGCCAGACCAGGUGAGGCUGGAGCAUGUACAACCUGGGUCCAGUCCUGCAGUUCCAGUCUAUUUCAGCCGUCCCAGACCUACUGCACUAAAUUCCUCCAGAGAUUCAGAGGCUGAUAUGAAGGAUAAGGCCUCUAUUCUAAACCGCAUUCCUGGACCACACAGUUCCAUCUCCCUGUCCCAGUCCCCUACAGAGUCUUCCCUGUUGUCCCACAGCCCUCAGAGUCCUCACAGCACUCAGCCUUACACCGGCCAGCCUUACCUCAGCCCCCAGCCUAACCUGCCUCAGCCCUGCCUCACCCCACCAUCCAGCCUCAGCCCAAAACCAGGCUCCAGUCCACAGUUCCAGAGGACCAGCUCCCCUCUGAGCGCUAUGGAAAAUCAGCCACAGACUGAAGGAGAAACAGAUCACGGUUUCAGGGUGCACAUUGUCACAUGGAAUGUGGGCUCUGCUGUUCCCCCUGAUGACGUCACAUCUCUGUUUGGGCCGCAUGCUGGCGAUGGGAGUACAGACAUGUUUAUCAUUGGGCUUCAGGAAAUGAAUUCUAUGAUCAACAAGCGGCUGAAGGACGCUCUCUUCCACGACCAGUGGAGUGAGCUUUGCAUGGACACACUCAGUCGCUUUGGAUAUGUGCUGGUGGCGUCCCAGCGUAUGCAGGGGGUUCUGUUGCUGGUGUUCUCUAAAUUCUGCCAUCUUCCAUUCCUGAGGGGGGUGCAGACAGAGAAAACACGCACAGGCCUCGGGGGCUACUGGGGUAAUAAAGGGGGUGUAAGUGCGAGGAUGACGAUGUUCGGCCACCCGGUGUGUUUCCUGAACUGUCACCUGCCGGCUCACAUGCGGAACCUGGAGCAGCGCAUGGAGGACUUUGAGAGCAUCCUGCAGCAACAGCAGUUUGAUGGCGCGACCGCCUCGGGUGUGCUGGACCACGACGUGGUGUUCUGGUUUGGGGAUCUUAACUUCCGCAUCGAGAACUAUGACAUCCAUGUGGUGAAGAGUGCCAUUGACAGCAAUAAGCUCCCUUUGCUGUGGGAGCGAGACCAGCUCAACAUAGCUAAAAACAGUGAGUCCAUCUUAGAUGGCUUCUUAGAAGGCCCUCUCAAAUUCCCCCCCACAUAUAAGUUUGAUGUGGGGACACACACAUACGACACCAGCAGUAAGAAGCGAAAGCCAGCAUGGACAGACCGUAUCUUGUGGCGUCUGCGUUGUACGGGCUCCCCUGUUCCUACCCACAAUGCCGCUCUGCAGCGUGGCCUAACCUCGUGGCUGGGUGGGGCAACCAAGGUGGUGCAACACUCCUACCGCAGUCACAUGGGCUACACCUGCAGUGACCACAAACCGGUCUCUGCUGUCUUCUCAUUACAUUUCCCAUUCAAAGUGGACCUUCCUCUUGUAACGUUAGAGUAUGAGAAGGAGUGGACUAAAGUUUCUGACGCUACAGUCAGAUUCACUGUGAGGUCCAACUUCCAGCGCAGCUCAUGGGACUGGGUUGCAAUAUACAAGAUUGGGUUCAAACAUCACAAGGACUAUGUAGCAUAUGUGUGGGCCAAGGCAGAUCAUGGGUCACAGGUGACAUUUACAGAGGAGGAUUUACCCAGGGAUGCAGGGGAAUACAUUUUGGGUUUCUAUAGCAACAACAUGAAUACUAUUAUCGGAGUGACAUUGCCCUUUCAGAUCCAUGUUCCUGUGCGCAGCCCGACAGCCCCACCAGUAUCCCGCUCAGACAGUUCUGACGUCAGCUCGGAGGAUGACAGCACACUGGUCCUGUUGGCCCCUGCUAGUUCCCGCAGCCCAAGCCCUGGAAAAAGCAAACACCACCAUCGUCACCGCCGCAGCCGCAGUCCUGCUCACUCCAACACCCCCAUGCCCUCCCUGCAGGGCCUCAGCUUGCACCCUCGUCCCCUAGAGGGCCUACCAAGCAGCCGCUCGCCCUGCUCUGCAGCUAAGAAGGAGCGCCUGGUCUCCCCCCAGGACACACUGCCGUCGCCCAUCAGCCCACUCACGCCCCGCAGCCCUGUGUCACCCGGGGGUGGGGUCUCAGCCCCAGAGGCUCUGAUUGCUGCCAUCCUGGGGGAACACAGGCCAACUCAGGUCACCCCGACAGGGGGCAGGUCACCAGGCAAGACUGGAGAGACAAGUUUAUGAGAAGCCCAAGCAACAAUCUCUGUGGGGUCAUGAAUGUGCACAGACAUUAAGAUAAGACUGUUGAAAUGAGGCCAGUAAAGACUAUAUGAUGAUAGAAUCUAGGGCUGAUAUGGUCCAUUAUUCUGAUGCUGAUCUGACCCCACACUGUCACUGCGCUCAUAAAAGCAGUGUAUUGUAUGACUUGUAGUUUGCAACAUUCCACAUGGUAGUGAACCAGUUGUCUCUGUUUCUUAAUCUACUUAUCAGUGACUUCAUCCCAUACAUACACUGUGUGUACUUUGGAGUCAGGAGCUAGUCCAAAUCGAUAACAGUCUAAGUCUUACCCCAAGAAGUGCUUUUGCAGACUCAUAUCAAUACUCUAUGUACACAAUAAAUGUAAAGCCAAAGCAAGAGUAAAUCUGCAAUGUACAGUACUGCUGUUGUUAUGGUAAGUUUAAAGGAUGUCUAUAUGCCCUACCCAUAUGGGCCGGAUCACUUGGUGUGGUAUGAUAUCCAUCUUUCCAUGCCCCUAAGCGCCAACUGAUAUUAAACCACUUCAACCGGUUUGUUUCUGAAUCUCCCCAUCUUGUGUAUAUGUGUGUAGAAUUGUACAUGUUUGAGAGAAGAAAAAAAAUCCUGUCUUAUUUUCAGAGUGAUAAGGAUUCUAAUGAUUUAGUGGUUUGUUUUGGUUGUGGACAUAUUGGUUGUGUGAGGAAAAUAAAAUGAUAAUCCUGA